UGUCACAAUGGGAAUAUGAAAAAACUAAACAUAAAAUGGAAGAAAUCAUUUCAGUUGGUCUAGCAAAACAUCAACUCCAAUCCUUCGGAAAGUUUUUCGAAGAUUACUCUCUUGAAUUAAAUUCAAUAACUAGCAAAUUUAAAAGCCAGAGUAAUGAACGAAAUGAACUUUACUUCACCCAACUUACUAAAUCAUCCAAAAACCCUAUUGUGGUUAAUUUUCAAACUGGAAAGGUGGAGAAUAUAAAUCAAUUUAAAUUGAUAGAUUCUGAUAAUAAAAUUUUCAAUAAAGUGGUGCUUACUUUUCAUAGUCUUUACAAUAAUCUUGAAGAAUUUAAUUUAAAAAGUGAAGAAUUCCAAGCGGAUUUCCUUAGGUUGGAUAUUGAAUUAGAAUCUUGUCAAAAUUCAAAAAUCUAUGAAGACAUUGGUCUAGAACAAAUAGUGGAGCUGGAGAAAAAUAAAUUAGCUUCAAACUCUGAAGAAGUUUUGAUUAAAAUAAGUGAGUCCAUGGAAUUUCUCUGUAAUAUGCAAUUUUUCAUUAAUUCUGGCACGCAAAGCGCUAUUAAUUUGUUACAACAAUUAGUAAAUUUUCAUAGCUUUGAUAAAAACUAUUUCGGGCUUGGAACGCAACAUAAUGAAAUUCUUUCAGUUAUUGAACUUUUUAUGAUUAAUCUAGUUAAAUUUGAUGCAAUUUUACUAAAAUCAAAUUUUCAUUUAUAUUGGGCCCCAUACAAGAAAACUAUUAUUCAAAAAUUUCAACAACAGAAUGAUUCUUGUUCUGAAAGAGAAAAAGUUGGGUUGGUUAGGAUUUUGAACGAGUUAGAGUUGUUCUUAGGAGGUUUUGUAUUUCAGUCGUUUUUAGAAAAUGUGUACGCGAUAAAAGAUAAUAAGAAUAUAAGUCGAUUAUAUUCUCUUACAAAUAAUUUUAAUGAAUAUAUAAAAGAUGCACUACAACAAAUCAAAAAGUAUCCAGCUGAAAUUUGUGAUGAAAGUGAAACUAUAAAAUUGAUAGGAGUUAACAUAUUUAUUGUACUUCAACAUCGAUUUUUUGGUCAAGUUGAACAAAAAAUUUUUAAGCAGCUUUUGCAAAUUAAUUUAAAAUUUAUUGGUGUUAAUUUAAUCAGUAAAUAUAUUUGGUACCCAGAAAAGUUUUUACAAGAACAUGCUGAAACUCUGCUUAGUGGACAUCCAAAGUACAUUCAGGAGCAAAUCCGAACAAGGGAGACAUAUUUGCAAAAAAAAGUCGAGCAAUUACCUAAAAUUGUAAAAAAGUAUUGCAUAGAAACGACAAUGUGGAUAAUGAAAAGCAAAACAUCAAUUUCAAGUGGAUACAAUUUGAAAAUUGGGCAGUUUAAACAAUUGUGUAUCCUUUUUCUUCAAGGUGCGCAGUAUGCUGGACAAAUGAAUCAUAUAUGCAAAUUAGUUUUGAAUUUACAUGAACAGCUUGCCAUACCCAUGAGCAAACAAACCGUUACUUUAUCAUGUAAAUUACUAACUUUGAUAAAAUUAAUUCAAAUCCAGCUUUCUGCAGAUGUUGAACACAUAUCUAAAAUAAUCAAAUCUGUUAUAGAUUGUUUACAGUAUAAGUGCCUUCUAAUUAUUAUUUCAACUAAGAAAAAAUUAUCCGCAAAAACUUUAAGUGAUGAAAUCGUAGAUAUAUUUUCGGCUUUGAAAAUAAUUGAGAAAAGUUUAAAUGGGCCGCCAACAUCUCAAAGAUUGUUUGUUGUUAACUUACUAAUCCAAUCAACCAAUCUGCAAAGCUACAUUUCUGUUGAAGAUUUUGAAAAAUUACAGAAAAGCUUGAGGCGUUUGAAAUUUCUGGGCCGUUUCCAAUCCAAUUUGUCCAAAAUAUGUGACUUAUCGUAUACAGCUUGGAUAAAGGCUCUUUUUGAUAAACGAGUUACAGAGAUUAUUGACGAUGAAACGAUGCCGCAUUUUAUCAAUGUUGUUUGCAACAUUCCCAAUGCCUGCAAAAAAUAUGAAGAUGUAGAUAAUGGAAAUUUAAUUUUUGAAAUUAUGUGCAAACUGUGUGGACAAAUUGAAACAUUCCUUAGAAUUGAGGCACAUUCAGGAUUACAGUUAAAGAGAAUCAAUCCAUUUCAUCAAGACCAAGGCAAUGAUAGUUUAAAUGAGCCAAUAAUUGAAAUAGGAAACUGUUUUGAAGACAAUCGAUCUAUAUUAAAGUUGAAUGUGUUGAAUUUAAACAACGCAUUUAUAAAUUACAAAUAUAAUGUUGAAAAUUAUUUAAGUAAUAUGUUUUAUAACAUUACAACAAUUAAUUUAAACGACUGGAAAGCAUACGAAAUUAUGAGAAAUUUAGCCAAGUAUAAGCUUAACUUAGAACCAAUAAGUGAUUUAUUGCCUAACCAUUCAUUGGAACAAGGGAAAGAUGCAUUAGAAAUAAUGCGAAAUAUCCACAUUUUUGUUACAAAAUAUAAUUACAACAUGAAUAAUCAAUAUUUUGUUGAAAAUUCCAGCAAAAAUAAAUAUUUAAACACGAUAUGUAUCAAACAUGUUGCGAAUUCUCUUCAAACCCAUGGAAGUGGUUUCAUAAAUACAGCAGUAAAUUUUUCUUAUCAAUUCCUGCGUUCCAAAUUUUACACAAUUUCACAGUUUUUAUAUGAUGAGCAAAUUCAUUCUCGUUUAUUAAAAGAACAUCGUUAUGUUGUGGAAUCUAAAUUAGAAAAUUCAAAUGAAGGAAUUCCAUUGCCACGGAACUACAAAGGUUUUACUUCAACAUCCAUUAACGAUAGCAAUUUUAUCUACAAAUACGAACGAGCUGAAGAUUUGAAUAAGGAAAUAAGAGCUUUGGGAAUGACUCCUGAUGGAUUUUAUUAUAUGGAUGUGUUCAGACAACUUAUUACAGAAGUUGGUAAUACAAUGGGAUACAUUCGAUUAAUACGGGGCGGAAAUAUUCAUGCUAAGUAUAUUGAAAGUAUAUACUUGCCAACAACUAAAGAAACUGCUUUUGAAAGUCUCUGUAACGAAUGUGAGACAUCUGAAUUUUUAAAAAAAACUGGUGAAGUACUAGACGAAAAUUUAAGAAAUUAUGCAGAAAAAGACGAAAUGGAUUUUUUCAAACUAUUAUCAAAUGCAUUUAAACCGUUUUUCCGAAGUUCAAGUAAUCAACAUCUAAAAAAGUUUUUCUUAAUUGUGCCAGCAUUGCUAAUCAAUUAUGUAGAUCAUAUAUUGAACGCACGUGAGAAAAUCUCUAAAAGGGAUAACGAUGGUGCUAUUACAUUAUUCAACGAUGGAUUCGCUAUGGGGCUUGUUUGCAUUUUAAAAUUGUUAAACCAAUUCAAUCAAUUCGAAUCUUUGUAUUGGUUCAAAUCAGUUGAAAAUAAAUUUAAAGAUGAACAUCAAAUAAAAAUAAAUGAGAUGCAAACAGAAAUGCGGAAAAAUCAAAAAGACAACAGCCUACUACAAACAUUAGCUCUAGUAGAAAAAAGAAUGAAUGCAAAAUUCCGCGAAUUUUCAUUAUUGCGAGAUAGUAUUUACAGUGCUAAAAUUUUUUAUCAAUAAAAUUUACC